AUGCCGUAUUUUAGCUGUUGUGUGCCAGAAUGUACGGCUUCGAAACGAAAAUUACAGCAGUUAGAUAAAUAUCCUUGGAUGAGAGAUGUUACGUUCAGUUCUUUACCUGAUAGGCGUAAAAACAGACGAGAAUAUUUACGAUGUUUGCGGCUGAUUCGCCGAGAAGUUAGUUGGAAAACAACUAAGUAUACGAGAAUAUGUUCCCGUCAUUUUGCCCAAGGUGAAACUGUACCAACACUUUUCCCCUACAACAAUUAUAAAACAUGUGCACUAAGAUCCACAACAAACUCAACAAGCGUCAACAGUAAUGUUGAUAUUCCCUCCAAUCAAAAUAAUGGAGAAUGUGCUGCUUUUACCAAUCUGUAUGAAGAUGACAAUGUUCCAUAUUUGGUUGGUGAGGUGGAAGCUCCGUUAACAGAACCUAGUCCAACAGAUUCAGUCGAGAGUACCGGUAUUCAGAUGCUGAGUGAUACAGAACGGUGGAUGCCUCCAAGAGAUCACCCCUAUUGUGAUACUGGAAAUAAUGAGCCUAUCACCAUUUCCUCUGAAUGCCAGACAGACAUUUCAUUCGUUCAAAUGGAAUAUAUGGAAAGAUGUGUGAACGACAAAGACUCAUUUUUUAGAGAGGUCUUUGUAGAGAAGGUUACAAGUUCUGAUGCAUCUGUCCGACAAUAUACGGGAAUUCCAUCUAUAGCAUUAUUGUUUGGCUUAUUCAAUAUUAUUUAUUCAAAAUGUUCAAAUUUGAUAUAUUGGAAUGGUCCCAAUAGUGCAAAUGAAAAAAAUUAUCAGCAAGGUUUAAAAAACAAACCAGGACCUUCACGUAAAUUAACCUUAUUUCAUGAAUUUAUACUUACACUAGUUCGAUUUAGAUUAGGCUUAGUUGGAUUUCUUUUGUCUGAUAUAUUUGGAAUUUCAAAUUCACGUGUUUCACAAAUUUUUGUUACCUGGAUAACAUUUCUUGCUACUUGCUUUGGAAAGUUAAUAAAAUGGCCAAGUAAACUACAGGUUAAAAAGUACAUGCCAAAAUCUUUUAGAAAUACCUAUCCUAAAACUAGAGUAAUAAUUGAUUGCACUGAAUUUUUUUUUCAAAGACCAAGAUCCCCAUCUGCUCAGUCUGAAACGUACAGAACAUACAAGUCAAAAAACACUGGAAAAUGUUUACUUGGAAUUUCUCCAUCAGGUACAUUUAUUUUUGUCUCCAUUGUUUAUGGUGGAAAUGUUUCCGACAGGUUUCUUACUGAACAUUCAAAUUUUCUUGAGUUCAUUGAGGAGGGAGAUGAUGUCAUGGCUGAUAGGGGGUUUACUAUUAGAGAUUUGUUAACAAAAAGGAAAGCCACUCUGAAUAUUCCGCCAUUUACAAGAAAAUGUACAUGGGACAAGAAAAAAAGAUUAAAUGUUAAUGAAAUAAAGCAAACUAGAAACAUUGUAAAGGUGCGCAUACAUGUUGAGCGAGCAAUUCAACGUUUGAAACUGUUCAAGCUUUUGGGUAAUAAUAUACCAUGGCAUCUGAAACCAGUUGUUAAUCAAAUGGUAAAAGUUGGUGUCUUUCUGUGUAAUCUGAUGCCAAAACUAGUAAGAAAAAUGAAUUCAACAACAUCAUUGUUUAUGAUUUCAUGCAUUUAUUUGUGUAAUGAAAAGCAUUUUUCAGUUUAAUAUUACAGUAUAUAUAUUUUUUUGGAAAAAAUUUAUGAUAUGUCAUCAUAUGCAUAAUUUUGAAAAUACAAUUAAUCUUCAUCAAUGUAAAAAAAAGGAUGAAGACAAUUAGAAGUCUUACUACCUUGUGACUGUAUUAAAAUUGUUUUUGCACAUGCUACACACUGAUUUCAUUAAUUCAUAUGCGCCAUUUACAAAUAAUUAAGUCAUGUCCCCUAAGUCUACAAACCAUCCAUAAUAUGCAUGAAAUAUCUAGCAAUAAUUUUUGCACACACAUAUGUAUAUUGAAACAAUUGUCAUGCGCGGAUCUAGAUGGGGGGUCGGGGGGGUCCCGACCCCCCCGGAAAAUGAAAAUUUAUUAAAUUUACAUAGUAAAAUUAUCGCGAAAAUAUGCCUCGGACCCCCCUGGCAAACACAAUUAUCCUUCGGACCCCCCCUGGAAAAAUUUUCUGGAUCCGCGCAUGAUUGUGUUAUAUAUAUUUAUACAUACUAAAAUGUUGUUCAUUUUCAAAAUUUUAUAAAUGAUAUUAGUGCAAUAUAUUAAGUAUUUUUCCCAUUAGUUAGACUUGCUGAUUGACACAAUCAAGUCACAUUAUUGUAAUUAUAUGUAUACAUGUUCCAAGGAGAUUUAAAAAUU